GUUCAUUACUUAAUGUAAUUGUAGGCUAAGGUAAUGUUGGCAAUGGAACCAUAAUCAUGAACAAUCUGCUUCAGCAUCUGAAGGACAUGAGGGAUCCAAUUAUGGAAGUAGUUCUCUUAGAGACAGAGAACAUGUUAGCCCGCGGAAGAAUGGACCUCUGCUUCGCGACGCUCAGAGGAGACAAUCUGCUAUUGCAUCACUUGUUGAAACGUGGCCUCGAUCCAAAUGAAUCCGACAACAACGGGAGAACAGCUCUUCAUAUAGCAGCAUCAAAAGGAUAUCAAAACUGUGUUCUUCUUCUUCUGGACUUUGGAGCUGAUCCCAACAGCAGAGAUUCUGAAGGGAGUGUGCCAUUGUGGGUAGCCAUCUUGGGAAAACAUGAAUCAAUGACCAGACAACGGCGCUAAAUUAUCCUUGGGUGAUGUAGGUCAGUUCACGUGCACUGCAGCUGAGGAGAACAACCUGGAACUACUCUGAUGUUUACAUGUAUUCUUGUGUGCCAUUGUGUAUUAAGUUGUGUGUCUGAUACUAAUUUAUCGUGUGCCCG